AUGUCUUCCAAAGACGUCAAGGAGGUGCCCGAAGAGCGCCCGGUGCAGGUGCCCACCAACUCCAGCAACGAUAUUCCUCAAGGCUAUAGUGAGGAGGAGGUCAUCAAGAGGCCAUGGUGGCAUGGUUUCAAAGAACCAGGCCAUGCUCUUCAGAUCAUCACUGCUGCGCUGCUUGCCAUCGCCAUUGGUUUGAUUGUUGUGACACAGGUUGAUACGGUUCCUCAAGCCGCCAUCGUUCUCCUCUCCAUCAUUGGUAACCUCUGGUUGCGAGCCCUCAAGGCGGUUGUCCUGCCACUGAUUGUCUGUUCCAUGUUGCUUGCUAUCACCCGACUUCGAGAGAUGUCCAAUGGAGGUUCCAAACUUGCCAAAUGGACCAUUGGAUACUAUAUCGCCACCACUCUUCUAUCCAUCGCAGUUUCUUGUAUCAUGCAGGGUCUGGUCUGGUCCAAGCAGUACAGUGUCGUCGAUGAAGGUGCUUUGGAUACAGAGGACGAUUCUCUUCCCGACACCUCGGAGCGCCCCAUUUACAAAGUCGUUGAGGGCAUGUUCUUCUCCUUCAUUCCCGCAAACAUCGUCGGCGCCCUGGCCAAUGAUGAGCUCCUUGCUGUCAUCAUUACUGCUAUCAUUGUCGGUUACCUGAUCGAAUCCCCUCGGUCGCCUAUCAUUCGAGUUGCUGAAGAGAUCGAGCGCAUGGUCACCAAAGUCGUCGGCUUCCUCAUUGCUGUGGCCCCUAUCGGUGUCUUUUUCCUCAUCUUGCCUAACCUGAUGAAGCUCGACCUUGCAUCAAUGGGCUCCAACUUGGGAAUUCUCAUUGGCGCUACCUUGUCCACCAUGCUCCUCCACAUUUUGGUCGUUGUCCCCAUCCUCUUCUUUGCCUUUACCCGAGGAAACGCCUACGCGUACUGGAUCAAGAUCUCCCCCGCCUGGAUCACAGCUUGGGGAUCUGCGUCUUCUGCUGCCACACUUUCUGUUACCCUUCGUUGCGCCAAGGAGCGUGGCAUCUCCUCCACCGUAUACAAGUUCGUCUGCCCUCUGGGUUGCUUGAUCAACAUGGACGGUACCGCCAUCUACCUCCCUGCUGCUCUGGUUUUCCUGGCUGCCACUCAAGGCAAAGUCCUCGGACCUACCGACUAUGUCAUUGUCGCGCUCCUGUCGACCUUGGCCUCAAUUGGUGUUUCCCCUAUCCCUUCAGCUUCUCUUGUCCUUCUCAUCAUGAUUGCCCGCUCCGUCAAUGUCGAGCUUACUGGAAUGUACGCUGUCAUCGUGGCUAUUGAUUGGUUCCAUGACCGGUUCCGUACCGCCGUCAACGUCUCUGGCGAUUUGUUCGCGGCCCAGAUCGUUUACAAGCGAACUGGCAUCGAGGACACUCCGGAGGUUAUCGAGCAGAACGCCCAGGAGUCUGAUGCUCAGGAGAAGGAUGCCGCCAACCGGGUCUAA